ACUAAUUUCUUGAACUUUCCUCGUAUAUUUCCCCAAUUUCCACUCUAACAUGCAUGGGUGGUUCAUAUCACUUUGACCAUAUAUUUCUUUGAUUAAUAACUAUAGUACAAAAAAAAUCAUGUUGCUCUUUUUUCUCUUUUCUUUUCACCAAUUUUCUUCAUCUUCUUCAUCCACUACUAUGAUCAUCCUACCAAAUAUACACUAAAGAAAACUAUAUAGUAAAAUCCAUAUACAAAGAUAUUAACAUGUCAAAUGAUCAAAGAGCUCUAGUCUUAUCGAGCAUCAUCAACAACAAUAAUAAUAGAGAACACGAUCGCGUAGAUCAUCAACAUGAGUAUCAGAGUCAGGAUCAGGAUCAGGAUCAGGAUGGUCGAGAUAAUGAUGAUCAUAUUAGAGACAUCCAUGCUCUAACACCACCACGACCACCACCACUACCAAAUAUUAAUCGCGUAACGCGAUCAUCAUCAUUGUCAUCCUCAGAGUUAGCUCCAAGUGUUGAGAAUUUCACAACAAUGAGUAGAGAAUUCAAUGCUUUAGUACUUGCUGGAUCAUCAUCUUCUACAAACAACAACAACAACAACAACAUUGGUACAAGUAGUAGUCAUGAAGUUGAAGGUACAAUCAAUAAUAAUUUGGGACGUAUUUUCGAAGAGGAGACUAUAGUUGAAGAAAAUAAUCCUUUAGCUAUCGUAGCUGAUAAUACGAUUAAUGAUGAUAAUAAUAAUAAUAAUAAUAAUAGUAGUAAUGUUUAUUCGAACCCUAGUCAACAAGGCGAAGUGAUUGUACAUAGAGUGAAGAAAGAGGAAGUUGAAUCAAAGAUUAAUGCAUGGCAAACUGCAAAAAUUGCUAAGAUUAAUAAUAGGUUUAAACGUGAAGAUGCUGUGAUUAAUGGAUGGGAAAAUGAAGAAGUUCAAAAGGCUACUUCUUGGAUGAAGAAAGUUGAGAGAAAGUUGGAGGAGAAAAGAGUAAAAGCACUAGAAAAGAUGCAAAAUGAUAUAGCAAAUGCAAGAAGAAAGGCAGAAGAAAGAAGAGCAUCAGCAGAAGCAAAAAGAGGAACAAAAGUAGCUAGAGUUCUUGAAUUAGCCAAUUUGAUGAGGGCAGUUGGUAGAGCUCCAGCCAAACGUUCCUUCUUUUAAAUUAUACAAAAAAAAAAAAAAAAUUGAUAAAUGAUACUUUUGGGCUUGUUAUAUGUUAGUUUAUACCUAAAUAGACAUAUUCAGAAGUUAAACGUUGUGAGUUCUGAAUUGAGAGAGUUUGUUUUGAAAUGUA